CAUCUUUCAGACACGCGUGCGAAGCCGCAUAUCAUGUCGUCUGCUGUUACUUCAGGCGUCCAUUCUUUCUCUUUGCUUUCUGCCCACUCGUGAUUGUCGUUCGUUCUCGCAAGUCGAGCUUUCCGCGAAUUUUUUGACGAGCACAUUCGGACUUCGCUCCUACCAUGUUAAGCGCUCGAGAACUGGCUGAUACACGCCUCCGUCAACGCGCGAAGAACGAGCAGAAUUCGAGGCUCGAGUUGCGCAGAAGAAGUUGUGCAAUAACUUCCAAUUCAAUGGAUACUGCCUUAGAGGCGACGAAUGCCCAUACGACCACUCUGCAAUAACUCCAAAAAUGCUUGAGUGCUUGAAAUGGGUAGCUCGACACCAACCGUGCCCGAAACGAGGAAGUUGCCGCUCCGCAACCUGUUUCCUGGGACACAUUUGCCAGCGUCCGGAUUGUAGUCGACGCGGUGGCAAAUCGUUCUGCAAGAUCCCAUGGAUGUCCCACGCUGCCGAUCUUCACGUAGCGGAGAUUGUGCAAGGGUACGGCCUCACAACAGGUCAAAAUAACGUCACGACUCCUGAUGAAGACAGCGCGGCACCCAAGCAUUCGAACGGGAUGGAAAGCGAAAGCGACGACGAGGAUGGAAGGAGUCAUGGAGCUACCAUCUAGACCAAGAGGAAUGGCAAAAGGGAAAAAAGGAACGAGACGAAGACGAUUUUGAUGACGAUGAUGUGCGCAUGAUGUGAAUUGAGGCAAUGAGGUUCGGAUCGCGAAUUGCCCAAUACAAGCAUUCGAGAUACGCACAGCGGCGCCAGGCAAGAACGAUGCACAGAAAUGUUGCCCCUAAAAUAUUAGGUCAGCAACGGGCUACAUAUCACCUGCACUGGUCGUAACAACAAGCGACACCGUAAGGAGAGAGGAAAAGGUUACGUCGAGGAUCAAACGCAGGCAUCGGUAUCCGAACAACACAACCAAAGCUGUCAUUU